AUGCCUGACAAUAAUAUUUAUAGUAAACAUUAUGCAUCAAAACGUAGAACGAAUGAAAAUAAUGAAAUUUAUCAUGUUGUAAUUUUUUCUUGUGACAACUCAUUUUCAGUAGUGAAAUCAAAACAAUGUACACGUGCUGAACAAGAUGGUUUUGUUUGCGUUCAAUCUGGUGGUAAAAAGUACACAGGUUUUGUCUUUGAAUCAGGUACACUUGAAGUGUGCAGUAAAGCUGCUGAUCUAUUAUCACAAAAACAAAACGAGGAGAUAGAGAGUGAUUAUGAACGUGGUAAAGAAAAUAAUUCAUCAAAAGAUAAUAAUUUGAAUAUAUCUGAAAAAAAAACAUUCACUUCGUUAAAAGAUGUACCAUUUUCACUUUCAACAAAUACGGCUACUAUUGAAAUUAAUCCAAGUUCUCCUCAAUAUUCAAAUCCCAACACAAUAAAUAUGAAUCAUGCUGUAACACCAAUUAGAGAAAAGACUGGUGGUGAUAAAGAUUGGCAAAGAACUCGUAAUGAAUCUCGUUUCACCAAUAAUCGUGAUACAAAUACAAUAAAUACAGCAGGAAUAGCAACAUCAGCAAUUACACCUGCAUCUAGUCUUUACACUGAUCCAACAUCUAUAUCUUCAUCUUUAUCGAAAAAUGACAAUGAUUUAAAUUUGAUACUUAUCUCACUUGAAAAUCCAGCUGAUGAUAAUAAUGAUGAAGGAAAAUUUCCUUCCUCUUUAAUUUUUAAAACAAAUGAAGAUGAACCUGGUAUAGAUUUAAUAAAGGUUCCAAGUACAAAAGAAAAAGCAAAUCUUUAUGUAACUCAACUAAUAGAAAUCAUGUAUACAAUGGAACAGUUGGUUGCAUUAAAGCCAGCUGAUACUUAUGAUGAUGAUACAUAUAAGCUGAUUCAAGAAGCUGUUCGUAUUAAAUUCAAACUCAGUGAUGAACAACUUGAACAAUUAUUUCGUGAAUGGCUACGCGAAGUCUUUUUGGCAAAAAGAAGAGUAGCUGUUGCAAAAUUAAAAAAUAUGCAACACAGCGAAUAG